AUUUGAUCAAUUUAGAUCUACAAGGGACUUAUAUAUCCAGUGAAUCAUUGGAUGUCAUCUUUAAAUGGUCCAACAUAAAUUUACGAAGUUUGCAUGUUGAAAGUACGGGUGGUCGCUUUCGAAUACCAAAAAUACUCGAAAGCAUAGCGAGUCAUUGUCUGAAUAUAACUUAUCUUAAAGUUCGCACGAAAAAAGACAAGCUCUCACAACUAGCAACCUUACUUAGAUCUUGUCGCAAUCUGCAUUCUCUGAAGAUUUACGGCUCACCACCCGAACGUCUUUUCUUUUUCGUUCAAGACACUGACGAUGAAUUAUUGUUGAGCUUGAGACAAACAAUUCCUAUAAAUUUGAAAACUCUGGUACUGAAAACCGAUUGUGCAUUCACUUCCUUAGCAAUUGACGCAUUUCUGAAAGACUGUGGCACGGAGCUGAAGCAGUUUGAAUAUGUUAGUUACGGAAGUGUUUGGCAACAUUUGAAUGUGAUGAAGAAAUACGCAAAACGACGCGGGUUGGAAAUCGAAAAGCAGAUUGCGGGAAAUUAUAAAGAGUUAUUAAUGAGGGAAUUAGGUUACAUUAUUAUGGAAUUUGGGAAGAUUAGUUAG